AUGAGUGACAAGCCAUGUGAGCCUUCUGUUGACUUCCAUGUCAGACUACAGGAAUCGUCCUUAAAGAUCCCAGUGGAGUCGAUGAAACGUAACAUUAAGGGGCUACAGAAGAUUGAUGAGAAGGUCUUCAAGAAGACGGAUGAUCUCGUGAAGGAGAUGGCAAAGUGCAAGACCAAAGAGGCACAGCGUCAGAAGCUAAAGCAGAUCGUGGCGUCUCUAAAGACACACGAGAAGAAGGUCAAGUCCAAGAUCGAAGUAGAGAAGAAUCUGCAGACGAGAAUACGGAAGAGGCUGGACAAACUGGAGGAGCUGAAGAGGUUGAAAGACUCUGGAGCGGCCAUCCACGACCUCAACGACACUAGAUUGUUGAAAUGGUACCGUGAUCAAACGAAUCUGCUUGUUGCUGACUAUCUGCUGAAGAAUGAUCACAAUGUUGAUUCAAACUCUGGUUUACUACUGUUGAAGAGCUUCCAUUUUGAAGAUAUGAUCGACUCCGACAUCAUCCUUCUGUCCAAUAAGAUAUCCUCUCACAUCCUGAACAAGGACUUGGGCGUGCUUAUCCAGUGGAUUAACGACAACAAGUCUUAUUUGAAGAAGAUCAAGUCACGGCUUGAGUUUGAAACUAGAUUCCAGGAGUACGUUGAGCUGGUCAAAUCCUCCGACUUUUCUGGUGCUAUCAGACUGUUCAACGAUUAUCUGAUUCAAUUCACAAGAACCUACUUCCGUGAUAUCCAGCUUGCAACUGGCUUGCUGAUCUUCGCCAAGAAGGCACAGUGUAAUGUGGGCAAUGUGAACUUUCAAAGAUACAACGCACUGUUAUCGGCAGAUAGAUACACUUACCUGUCAGAUUUAUUCCUGAGCAUCUACUACAAAAUGCACGGCAUUCCAGAGGAGGACCCGUUGUUGGUGUAUCUCAGUGUCGGUGUGUCUUCUUUGAAGACAAGAUCAUGCCUAACCAGUCAUGAGACAGAUGUGAUGUCGUUUGACCACAUACUAGCUGAAAAGCUAUCCACUGAUGAUCAUUUCGAACAAAGCUCGUGUCCUAUAUGUUCUUUAGAAUUCCGUCAACUCAACUCUUUGUUGCCUUAUUCGCAUGUUGUUCAAUCACAUUUGUUCGAGACUCCAGUGAUGUUACCUAAUGGGAAUAUCUAUGACAAGGCCAAACUACUGGCAUUUAGCAAAGGAUCAAACCCUCAAGGGGAUGAAAUUGUUGAUCCAAUUAAGCUAGAAAGCUUCACUACAGCUGAUAUGAUUACAAUGUUCCCGACUUGA